AAUUGACAUAAUUCCUGCCCUUCGGUCCUUGGCAUCUGCUACUUACAAGAAGCUCUGAAAUUGCUGAUAAUAAGAUAAGAUUUGUGAUGCUGAUCUUUAGCUUUAUAGGAAUGAAUCCUAUUCCCUCCUCCAUAGCUUGAAAGCUUUUCUUUUCUUUUCUUUUGUGUAAAUAUAUAUAUAUGCUUGGCUUGAUUCUUGUGCUUUGAAGGGAAGAAGAAUUAUGAAGGACUGGGCUGCUCCUCUGAUAGCGGCGGCGCUGUUUGCGUUUCUGUCGCCGGGAUUGGUGUUUCAGAUUCCAGGGAAAGAAGGACCUUUUGAGUUCAUGAAAAUGAAGACUAGCUUAGCCUCCAUAUUCGUCCACAUGGUUAUCUAUGGUUUGCUUCUUAUUUUGUUUUUUGUUGUUCUUCACAUCCAUCUCUAUGUCUAGCUAUCUACUAUUGUAGUUGGGUUAAUUUUUCUUCUUCUCCUUUGUUGAAUACACAGAAUUCCUUCGAUA